UUGUUUAACCGGCCCUGUUUUGGGGAAGCGAGUUACAGUUUCAGCGCGAUCGACAUCGGAGUAACAGGCAAAUGGAACGAUCGUUCUCCCGAUGCCACCGAGUAGUGUUGCUGUCGGCGUUGGUGACUUUCAGUGUUCAGUGCGUGACGGCGGCUACGAGUGAUUCGAGAGAAAACGAAAUCGAGAGUGAUGAGAUGUGUGGACGGACGGAGAACGUAGAGGAAGGCGACGGCGUUCUAACGAACCCCGGGGAAUUUCCCUGGAGUGUGGUGAUAUUGCGACUCACUGAGCUGGGCGGAAUGCAAAAGUACGUACUUAUCUGUGGAGGAACUCUUGUGUCGAGAGAUAAAGUCUUGACCGUAGCCCAGUGUGUCCAGCAAGUGCCUACAGCAAACUUGAGUGUACUAAUCGGAGUAUGGCACCUGCGGGACCGUAACACGGUUAGCAAACAGGUGCUGGGUGUGGAUAAUGCAUCGAUUCAUACGGGUUACAAAUUAGGGAGUAAAGAGCACAAUCUGGCGCUACUUACCCUGGAAAAUAAUGUUGAUGAAUCCGUGACCAGAGUCUGUCUUGCGGCCUCAACGCAACAAUACGAGUCUAACCAUAACUGCUACACGGUCGGAUGGAGCGCUUCGUUCAUCAACGGUACAAAUCAGCUGCUCAGAUUAAAGACCAUUCUGUUGUCUGACCGAACCGAGUGCCAGCGGGACCUUCAACGAUUCUGGCACCGUAAGUAUCAACUUCUACCGGAAGCUCUCUGCACUCGUGCCGAAGACACAAUGGACGACGACUAUCCGUGCUCUCGAAUCAUCGGUUCCGCAUUAGUGUGCACGAAAGGGACCCGAGACGAUCCGUAUUAUUUGGUGGGCGUUGCUUCCCAACUACCACGCAAUUGCUCCCAUUCUGCUGUGCCUCCAGAUGUGUUCAUGGAUUUGCGAAAAUAUACCGGUUGGAUCAGUCCAUUAAUCAAAGAAUGAACUGAAUGAAAGUGGCACUCUGGUGUACCAUGGAAUUGGACGCGGAAGAACUCAAUAAAGCGCUGUAGCCAUCACCA